CCAGCACUGCCCGGCCUUGCGGUUGUUGUGCUUCCUGUCCUCCACGGCUCUACGCGAGAUCUGUCUACUCCAACCUCGUCUCCUCUGUCCGUUCAAGAGUGACCGUUCUUCCGGUACCCUUGCCACGGAGUUCUUCGUCUCCCUCGGAGACGCCCGGCUGAUCGUUAACCAGCUAGUCUAACACAGCAAGAGCUGGCAUACUACAAGUUUGCCCCCCAGAGCCCCAGGUCUCGCUCGUCAUGCCCUGCUUCCUGUACUGGUUCACGUUCGAGCGCUGCUACCACAGCUCCCUGCUCAAGGCCCACUGCACCGACACGCCGUGCACGCACAGCCCGAGCGAGAGGCGCAUAAGCGACAGCCAGCUCAAGGUGACCUUUCACGGCAAGUGUGAGCGCUGCGUGGAGCGCGACGCCGACGCCGAGCAGGCCGCGCGCGACGCCUACUACCGCGGCAAGAGGGAGGCCGCGGCCGCCCGCUGGGCUGCUGCUGCUACUGCUGCUGUUGUUGUUGAGGAUGAUGGUGGUGAUGAUGAUGAUGAGCACCGGCACCGGCACCGGCACGAGGCCCCUCCGGCCAUGCUCAUGGACGUUCUCGGCUUCAGGGAGUCGUUUGAGAGGUACGAGCGCAUGCAGAAGCGCAAUGCCAUGGUCACCGAGAUCAGGCUGGCGAGGGACUGGGCGGGGAACUACGCCCUGGGGGCAUAUUUCCUGCUGUACGGGCUCGACAGGAUGCGCCUCGCGCACGAGGACCAUGUCGCCGCGCGGGCGCACGACCGGGCGCUCAUGCAGGAAGUGCUGGACGCCGCGGAGGAGAGGCAGCGGCAGCGACAGCAGCGGCGCGCGCUCGACGACGACGACGAGGUGGGCGGUUCAGACCAACGAAGCUCGGACGAGCACCACGACGACGACGACGACGACGACGACGACGACGAAUACGACGACGAGACGCUGGCCGAGGAGAUUCUACAGAUGCGGGAGCGGCUCGACGAGUGGGACGCCGACGACAGAGGGUGGGUGAGCAGGCAGGCCAUCACCGAGACGUGGUACGACCACCAGCGCUUCGUCAUGACGAUGCUGCGCGACACCACGCCCUUUUGGGUCACCGUCGUGGUCGACGCGACGCGCACGCGCGAGGAGCUGAUCGCAGCGCACGAGUGGUGGAACGAGACGCGCCGGCGGCUCAGCUUCUGCAGCGUCGAGUACGGCUACCUGCUGACGAGCAGCGCGCCCGAGGUCAACCGCAGCAGCGGCAACGGCACGGCCAUGACGGACGUGCUGCUGCAACAGACGGGGCUUUUGUGAUGCGGCGCUCUCUCAUAUCACGGAUCUCUGGAGCCUAGACCAGACGGACUAAGCACUCAGCUCUGUCUACCUAAAGGGCGAUGGGUUGAUUGCCUGGGCUUCAUCCACAUUCACUGGAAAGGGACCGAAAAGGGGUGCGGAGGAAAAUAAAGGUAUUCAAUAGAUUGGACGAAAGAGGGUGAGGUAUAGAUUAUAGGUCCGACCACGCGGUGAGACUCUUCCAUCUGAACGAGUGGUCCUCCUACUUUACCCCUAUCCCAGUCCGGUUGUUCCCCAACUCUAGUGACGCCAACACCGCAUCCUCGACAUCCUCAAGCGGAACUUCAAUCUGCUCACCCUCGUCUUCAUGUUCAAGAUGCAUAUCGCUCAUCUCUUCGCAAAUUGCACUCGCCGACCCUCCCCCCUCCUCGUGCUGCGGCAGCGGCGCGCUCGGUCCAACCACGCAGACCUCGGUUCCCUGCCCUCGCCGACGCAGCUCGCGACUCUUGCUCCCGCAAAGAAUAUCCAAGAAGCGACACCAUUGCUUGAACGUAACUGAAUGCGUCGUUGUGUGUGUCCCUCCCGGGCCCCUUUUCACGGUGAGCUCAACCGUCCAGGCCUGCGAGUGCCACCUCGCAUGCGAGUCCCAUGACGAGUAGUACCUUUUCUCGUCCUUUUCAGACACCUGGUCGAAUGGUGGACUGGCCGGAACCGUUGGUCGACGUCUCCUUACCCGGACCGGCUCAUCGGGGUUGUCCACUGCCGUCUCCGAUGAUGAUGAUGAUGAUGAUGAUGACGACGACGACGCCGUGUCCAUCUUUGAAAGCGUAGCCUCGGGUUCAAGUUCCGGUUCGUCAUCCGCCAGUACCGUCUCCCUCCACCUUUCAGGAGUUACCGG